AGAGACCCCCACCUCUCCCCUCCCCUUCAGCCGUAUGUUUUUGUUGGGGGGGAAGUUGUUCGGAGUUCAGUUGGCGUCAAUGUGUCAUAUAUGUAGUUUUUAUGUAGUUAAAAUGUGAUUGUAGACGUUUACUUUUGAAAACCGCUACAAGGCGCUUUGCAAAAAGGAGGGCUUCACUCGGAGUGGAAAAAAAUCAGAGCGGCGACCAUCGCUUCACCUCGCUAGCUAGCUAGCUAGCCUGCUACAGGCUGCUAGCGGCUGCCAGCUAACUCACCCCUUGUGUGUUUGUGGGAGACAAAAGCAGCCGCGGACAUGGCGGAAACUAAAAUAAUAUAUCACAUUGACGAAGAGGAGACUCCGUAUCUGGUGAAGAUUCCCAUCAGUGCGGAGAGUAUCACUCUGCUGGACUUUAAACAAGUCUUGAACAAGCCCAACUACAAGUUCUUCUUCAAAUCCAUGGACCAGGACUUUGGGGUGGUGAAGGAAGAGAUUUCAGACGACAACGCCAAGUUGCCGUGCUUCAAUGGCCGAGUAGUAUCAUGGCUGGUGUCUUCAGAUGCUGCAGCGGCAGAGCCUUCAUCUCCAGCAGCACUUCCCCCAGCGGACCAGGCGUCCACCCAGCCUUCGCCCCCUCCGCCGCCGCUGCCGCCCCCGCCUGCAGAGAGAACCGGGGGUAUUGGAGACUCCAGGCCUCCCUCCUUCCAUCCCAAUGCGACGGGCAGUGUGGAGACUUUAGACGAGCAGACUGAAACAGAGUCUGUAGUUUCCUUCAGGAGAGAGAGGCCUCGGCACCGAGAGAGCAUGGAGCAACAUGGGCCUCGAAUGAAUGGCCAGAGCCGUCUGGAGCGCCACCUGGCAGGGUAUGAGAGCUCCAGCACGAUGAUGAGCAGUGAACUGGAGACAACCAGCUUCUGUGACUCUGAGGAUGACGACACCAUGAGCAGGUUCAGCAGUGCAACAGAACAGAGUACAGCCUCCAGACUUUUGAAACGACAUAGACGACGCAGGAAACAGCGCCCCCCUCGCCUGGAGCGGGCUUCCUCCUUCAGCAGUGUGACAGACUCCACCAUGUCCUUGAACAUCAUCACCGUCACACUAAACAUGGAGAAGUACAACUUCCUGGGCAUCAGCAUUGUAGGCCAGAGCAAUGAAAGGGGUGACGGCGGCAUUUACAUCGGCUCUAUCAUGAAGGGUGGAGCCGUCGCUGCAGACGGACGGAUAGAACCUGGUGACAUGCUGUUGCAGGUCAACGACAUCAACUUUGAGAAUAUGAGCAAUGACGACGCGGUGCGAGUGCUGAGAGAGAUUGUGCACAAGCCGGGGCCCAUUAUCCUCACUGUGGCCAAAUGCUGGGACCCCUCUCCUCAAGGUUACUUUACCCUGCCGCGUAAUGAACCCAUCCGCCCCAUUGACCCAGCAGCGUGGGUCAGCCACUCUGUAGCCAUGACUGGCGCCUACCCUGCCUUCCCAGGCAGCUCCUCCCUCAGCACCAUCACCUCCUCCUCCUCUGUCACAGAGACUGAACGGUUUGACGACUUCAAUUUGUCACUCCACUCUGACAUGGCCUCUGUAGCCAAGGCUAUGGCCUCACCAGAGUCAGGUCUGGAAGUGAGAGAUCGCAUGUGGCUCAAAAUCACCAUCCCCAACGCUUUCCUUGGCUCGGAUGUGGUGGAGUGGCUGUUCCACCACAUCGAGGGAUUCCAGGACCGCCGUGAAGCCAGGAAGUAUGCCAGCAAUCUGCUGAAGGCUGGCUUCAUUCGUCACACGGUCAACAAGAUCACCUUCUCGGAACAAUGCUAUUAUGUCUUCGGGGAUUUAAGUGACUGUGAGAAUUACAUGGCCAACCUGUCCCUGAAUGACAACGAUGGCUCCAGCGGGGCCUCGGAUCAGGACACCUUGGCCCCGCUGCCCCUUCCAGGAGCCUCACCGUGGCCCAUGAUGCACACGUUCCCUUAUCAGCCCUACCCCACUCAUCCCUACUCCAGCCAGCCACCCCCGUACCAUGAGCUUACCAGCUACAGCUACGCCCCUGGAAGUACCGGCAGCCAGCACAGUGAAGGUAGCCGAAGCAGUGGAUCAACGAGAAGUGAGGGUGAACGGCGCCGCGGCAAUAGCAAAGGGCCUGGCAGCACUGUGGGUGGGGGGGAGAAAUCUUCCUGUGGCGGGGAUGGCGGAGGGGGGGACUCGCGUUCCGGCAGCGGCAGCGAAUCCGAAUACUCCACCCGCAGCAGCUUGAGGCGGGGCCACGGGUCAGCCGCCCCCAGUGAGCACAGCCACGCCUCCUCCCAGCGUUCGCAUCAUCACCGCAUGCCCCAGCCCCCUCACAUGUCCCCCUAUCCCCCAGGUAUACUACCUUACAACCCCAUGAUGGUGAUGAUGGUACCCCAGCACCCACACCCGGCUAUGGCCGCCGCUCACGCCCUUCCUCACGCACAGCAGCUGCCCACAGCCCCCAUGCACCCGGCUCUGCCCCCGCCCCCCUCUUCAACUCCUGGUGGACCACCUGGUGCUCCGCCCACCCGUGACCUGGGCUCUGUACCCCCAGAACUGACUGCAUCGCGCCAGUCCUUCCACUUGGCCAUGGGUAACCCCAGCGAGUUCUUUGUGGACGUCAUGUAGUCUUGCUUAUUUUAUUGAGGAUCUGGUGGUAGCUUUUUCUGCUCCUUACAAGGGCCUAUUGGAUCGAGGGCACUUGUUACAAAUUUGGUGAGAACAGGGUUACAUAUUGACAAAAUUAGAUAUGAAAGCAGUGACUCUGGGAGUUAGGAUUGAUGCGUCUCUGAAGGAAUGUCCUUUUUCAAGGGAUUUUAACAUCUCCCUUGUCUAAUGUAUGAUGUGACCAGUGUCACAUCCUGUAACCUGACAGUCUUCUGGACAGUGCUUAUUUCACAGUUUUUUUUUUUUAUCUGAAAUCAAGCUGGAGCUGAUCCAGCUACUUGUGUUUGCAUUCCCCACACGGAAAUUGUUUAGAAAGGGGAACCACAUUCACAAAUCAGAGACUCAAUCCAGGAAGCACACCAAGCUAUUUAACACUAAAGGGUACCAGAUACACGGAUAAGAUCCUGUAAUUCUGUCUUGACAUAUUCAGUGGCUCCACUGAGUCUUUUGAGUGCCUUUGCAUUUUUAUUGACACACUCCAGGUACGUGGCAUCACUUGUCUUUGAAAGAUUUUUUACGCCAUUGUUUGACAAUGAACUUGUAUGUUUAUUCCUACUAUUCAUAUGUACAGUGACACAGUACACAACACCAAGCUCUAAUGUGAAGCACAAAAAGACCCAAAAAGGUUGUGUUUAAUGAAAUGAUACUGAAAGUGGUACUUCUUAGGUGUCAAGUAAUUGUGAUCCAAAAGCCUUAGAGCUUUUCUUAUUUUAUGUUACUGACUCGCAUUAUUCACACAUUUCUUUUUUUUAUGAGUGACUAUAUAAAUCGUGUAUAACCAAACUAUCAAGGUGCUAAAUGAAGAGUCAUCAUUUUCAAAUGCGAUUGCAUGUCUCUAUUUCAUAUUGCUAUCUUUUUGUGUAAAGAGAAUAAACUUGA